AUGGAUCAAUACAAUAGUAAUAAUAAUUUCAAUGGCGGCAGAAACAACAACAAUAAUUUUGAUGAUAAUUCUCAAUAUAAUGGAUAUGAUAAUAACAUGAACAACCAAUUCAACAAUAAUGAUAAUCAAUAUAAUAAUAAUAACAACAAUCAAUAUAAUCAAUAUGACAAUAACAGUAACAACAAUAACAAUAACAAUAAUAAUAAUAAUAAUAAUAGUGAUAAUAAUUACAACAAUUACAAUAAUUUUAAUAAUUUUAAUAAUAAUAAUAAUAAUAAUAAUAAUAAUAAUAAUAAUAAUAAUAAUAAUAAUAAUUUUAAUAACAAUAAUAAUAAUUUUAAUAAUAAUAAUAAUAAUAAUAAUAAUAAUAAUAAUAAUCAAUAUAACCAACAAGAUUUUAUAAUGAAUCAAUUAAAUGAUAUGUUAGAUAGAAUUGAUUCAUCUCAAGAUUAUAUAAAGAAUACAAAAGAAUGGAUAAUGAAUAAUUGCUUCAACUCUGUUGUAUUUGUUAAUUUUAUAACGAAAAAAGUAACAGAGAUUAGUCCAGAUCAAAAACUAUUCAUUUUAUUUUUAAUUAGCGAUAUUUUACAUUUUAGUCAAUUUAAUAGGAUAGAAGGAAGACCAGAAUAUUUUAUACAACCUUUUUAUCAAAAUUUACCAAUGAUUUUAUCAAACACAUAUUAUAUAAUAAAUCAACCAAUGAGAGAUCAAGUUAAUAAUAUUUUAAAUUUAUGGAUAGAAAGAAAUAUUUAUACAAAGAGUGAAGUUGAGGAAUUAAAAAAAUAUUUAAAAAAAUCACCACCACCUGGAGUUGCAAUUACACCAGGUGUUACAGUUUCUCAUAUUCGUUUAUCACUAGAUGUUACAUUACCAUUGAAUUCACAAGAUAUUGACUAUUAUCAUUUAUAUAAUUUUGAUAGAUCUGAAAAUAAUACUCCACUUUAUAAUUCUAUAGAUCAUUUUUAUAAAACAAUUUACAAAGAAACACAAUAA